UCUCACUCUUCAAGUGAGGUUAUAAUUACCGAGAGGGAUUUUACGCACAGGCCCGUUAUCUAUAGUAUUGUUGAUCAAAUGUGACGACACAAAAUUUCUGUGCUAAAUAUUAAAAAAAAUAACAAUUUGUAAUAACAGAAUUAAGUUUGAAAUAUAAAUGUAUUUUUUUUUUAUUGCAGAGAACAUGGAUCCUCAACUUGAGCAUAGUUACACUCGGAAAAGACACUUUGACCACACAUACUGCAUGGAACCAUUAAAAGAAGUGGUAAACGCUAACUCUAGCGUACUGCACUGUUUACCAAGUACAUCACAAAAUCCACCAAAUUUUACAGCUUCAGGUAUUAGAGAAUAAUUUACUGUAAUGUUUAAAUAUUAUUAUUUGAUUUUAUGAACUUGCAUUUAUGUCUGCUUUUUUUUUAGUGUCAUCCAAUUGGAGUACCGCUGCUGUUUCAGGUAAUCAGCUCCAAGCAAAGCCAAAUGCUGCAGGUAAGUUUUGUGGUUCUUAUAAAACUUUGAAUUUUUUAUAUUCUGUUUUAUACAUAAAUUUUAUGAAGACCAGAUUUUUUCUUAUCACACCAAUAAUUAUCUUAAUUUGUUGUAUUUUUUCAGAAUCACACUUAUUACCAAAAAAGACUAAAGUGUCCAGAAAGCGUAUGGUAAAAAAAGUUAAAGAUUUGGAACCAAGUUGUCAAAUGCUUUACAAAGAAUACAAAAAAGCAAAAAAACUUGCUGCAUUUCACCAAAGAGCCAAGCAAGCACUAAAAUUUAAUAAAGAAAAGUGUUUUGAAAAAAUAACUAAAAAUAUGAAUCCAUAUGCAAAAAAAAUUUUGAAGAUGCAAAUAAACUUGUGUACUAAAAGAAAGAAAGGCUAUCGCUUCACAACAGAAGAAAAACUGAUAGCUUUAUCCAUAAUGAAGCAGAGCCCAAAAUGCUAUAAAUUUUUGCAUAAAAUAUUCAUACUGCCAUCCCGAUUCACUUUAAAUAAAAUGGUGGCAAAACUAAAUAUUCAAGCUGGCAUCUGUCCACAGGUUUUCAAUUUAAUUAAAAAAGAGGUUACAGAAUGGCCUGAAAAAAAGAAAUGGUGCUCCAUAAUCUUUGAUGAGAUGUCAUUAGAAAUGGGCUUAACAUAUGAUAAAAAUAAUGACAACAUUAAUGGGUUUGUGGAACUGGGUGAAAAAUCCAGUCAAUUUGCUGACCAUGCUCUUGUUUUCUUGUUAAGGGGUGCUGUAUUUAAAUGGCAGCAACCAAUUGCUUUCUACUAUUGCGAAGGAGCCACUUCAGCUCUGCAGUUAAAGCAGAUUCUGAAAGAAAUUGUUUCUGCCGUAAGAGAAUCUGGACUUAAUCCAAUUGCUUUGAUAUGUGACCAAGGGUCAGCCUUCCAAGCUGCUUUAAAAAGUCUUAAAGACGAUACUAGACGAGAUCAAUUGCUUUCUAACCAAGAACCAGAUGGCACUGUGAUAAUUAAUGGGCUGAAUAUGAAUAUUAUUUAUGACCCACCGCAUUUAAUAAAGGGAUUGAGAAAUAAUUUCCUUAAUAAAAAUAUAAUACUGGAUGGCAAGUUAUCCAAAUGGAGUGAUAUCUUACAUGUGUACGAAACAGACUGCCAUCACACGGAAGCAAGACUACUGCACAAAUUAAAUGACCAACAUGUGGUCCCAGAGAAAAUAAAAAAGAUGAAGGUUAAAAACUGUGUAAGAGUAUUCAGUAAAACUGUCUCUGCAGCUUUGUUCUAUACAUCGAAAUUUUCUCAUUAUGCAGAUGGCAGUCCUGUAAGCAAUACUACAAAAAACACUGCAGAGAUUGUGUUGUUUUUUGACCAGCUUUUUGAUAGCGUCAAUGGAGCUUCUAUUCUGUCCCACAAGAAAGGGAAGCCUUUACGCACUGCGGUAACGGAAAAAUCACCUCAUCACAAGUUUUGGCAAGACUCGAUCAAAAAAUUAGAAACUAUUAAAUAUGUAGAUACAGCAGGCAAUGAAAAAACCGUACCCUCUUUAAAAAAAAUUGUAAUAACCUUAAAUAGUUAUGUGAGGCUGUGGCAGUUUUUAAAAAAUCAUGAAAUUAAAAUAAUGAGGCCUCGAUAUUAUAACUCUGACCCAAUUGAGAAUUUUUUCGGUCAAGUAAGAGCUUAUAAUUACCGAAGUAAUGAUCCAAACUGCCACAGCUUUAAGUGCACCUUUAAAUCUCUACUUAUUACUAGGUUCAUUAAAUUUCAUAAUGGAACUUUUAAUUGUGAGGAUGAUCCUGCUGAACAAGUUUUAAACUGAAAUAUGUUAUUUAAUGAAAAUCAAAAUGAUGUUCAGCAGGGUCAUUCCAAUAAUUUUGAGAUUAUUAUUGAUCAGGCCCGCCGAGAGCGCAUUAAUGUCCACUCGCGUGCCUAUACUGCUGGUUGGGUAGUUAAUAAAAUAUUUAAUAAAUUAAAAAUAAAAUGUGCUGGAUGCAAAGUCAGUCUCACAAGCGAAAGUAG